AUGGCAGAUCAAAGAUUAAAGAAAUGGGGGCAGAAUGGGCUGCUUUUGUUCUUCAGACGACAGGGUCGACCCACCUUGCUGAUUGACUCUAGCACCGUACAUCGUGACUCUAGCACCGUACAGCGUGACUCUAGCACCGUACAGCGUGACUCUAGCACCGUACAGCGUGACUCUAGCACCGUACAGCGUGACUCUAGCACCGUACAGUGUGACUCUAGUACCGUACAGUGUGACUCUAGCACCGUACAUCGUGACUCUAGCACCGUACAGCGUGACUCUAGCACCGUACAGCGUGACUCUAGCACCGUACAGCGUGACUCUAGCACCGUACAGCGUGACUCUAGCACCGUACAGUGUGACUCUAGUACCGUACAGUGUGACUCUAGCACCGUACAGCGUGACUCUAGCACCGUACAGCGUGACUCUAGCACCGUACAGUGUGACUCUAGCACCGUACAUCGUGACUCUAGCACCGUACAGCGUGACUCUAGCACCGUACAGUGUGACUCUAGCACCGUACAGUGUGACUCUAGCACCGUACAGCGUGACUCUAGCACCGUACAUCGUGACUCUAGCACCGUACAGCGUGACUCUAGCACCGUACAGCGUGACUCUAGCACCGUACAUCGUGACUCUAGCACCGUACAUCGUGACUCUAGCACCGUACAGCGUGACUCUAGCACCGUACAGCGUGACUCUAGCACCGUACAGCGUGACUCUAGCACCGUACAGUGUGACUCUAGCACCGUACAGCGUGACUCUAGCACCGUACAGCGUGACUCUAGCACCGUACAGUGUGACUCUAGUACCGUACAGUGUGAUUAUAGCACCGUACAGCGUGACUCUAGCACCGUACAGCGUGACUCUAGCACCGUACAGCGUGACUCUAGUACCGUACAUCGUGACUCUAGCACCGUACAGCGUGACUCUAGCACCGUACAGCGUGACUCUAGUACCGUACAUCGUGACUCUAGCACCGUACAGCGUGACUCUAGCACCGUACAGCGUGACUCUAGCACCGUACAGCGUGACUCUAGCACCGUACAGCGUGACUCUAGCACCGUACAGCGUGACUCUAGCACCGUACAGUGUGACUCUAGCACCGUACAGCGUGACUCUAGCACCGUACAGCGUGACUCUAGCACCGUACAGUGUGACUCUAGCACCGUACAGCGUGACUCUAGCACCGUACAGCGUGACUCUAGCACCGUACAGCGUGACUCUAGCACCGUACAGUGUGACUCUAGUACCGUACAGUGUGAUUAUAGCACCGUACAGCGUGACUCUAGCACCGUACAGUGUGACUCUAUCAUCGUACAGUGUGACUCUAGCACCGUACAGUGUGACUAUAUUUCCGUACAGCGUGACUCUAGCACCGUACAGCGUGACUAG